ACAAAAUAUCUAGAAUUAUAGCGGAUCGGUUUGCAGUGCAAUCACUCGAUCGACGAUGCUUUCAUCGAAGACGACGUGAGACUCCCGAUCGGUCUGGACGUGCCCCGUUAGAGCGAUGGUGGUGAUCAAACUUUCGGCGCUAGUUUUGUUGUGCAUGGCCGCCCUGGCUAGUGCCCGUUACCAACGGUACAUUUGCCAAGUGAUCGAAGAUGAUUGGUGUACCCUGCAGAAAAUCUAUAUCACCUCCCGUACGGAUCUGCGAGGACUACGGUUUCCGGAUGAUCAGUUCGAAAAAAUCCGGAUUGGACAGCAUUACAACUUUGCCGACACUGAUAGUGUGGUGAGCAUUUUCUCAGGGGGUCUUUUCCGGAGGAUGAGUCGCGCCAGAUAUUUGCAGAUCAAUGCCGUUCGAAUGCAAGGCAUAGACAUACCAGAUACUGUGCUGGAGCUUGACGUGUCCAACAAUUGGAUCUCGCGGAUCUACAUCGAUCCGGACAAGGUCUAUAGUGUAAGGAAGCUAAAAAUGAAAAACAACUUGGUGACGAGUGUGGCUAGCUUUAAAUAUCUGAAUCAGUUGGAAGAGCUGGACAUGAGUGAAAACCUGGUGCAUUUAGUGAAUUUCGAGCUUUUCUCGUUUAUUCCUUACAUAAGAAUUAUUGAUUUCGCACAUAAUCGACUGUUGGAAGUGCGAGCCGGCGAUAUAGAUUUGGUUCUCUACUAUCUGGAGCGUUUGGACUUGGCCGACAACCAGCUGAUUGGAAUUGAACUUAAGAAGUGGACAUUCCCCUCACUCAGAAUGUUGAACGUAACCGGCAACCCAAUCCAACGGUUAGAUUACUUCGAACUGCAACGUGCUUUCCCGCGAUUGUGGAGAGUGACCUACUAGAUAUAGCUUUACUAGAGCAAGUGAAAUUGAAUAAUUAUACUCUGGAAAAUUUCCGAUGUGAAAGUUAGAAAAUUAAUAUUGAUGAUAGCGUGUAGAAAUUGAAGCUUGAAUCAAGCGAUGUAAUGUCAAUGAAGCGUGUAACGAAAACUAUAUAUGUGGUGAAUAAAAAUGUGUAUGACGA